GUCUUCGCGCCGCUUAUCAAAGCAGGCAUACUCGAACUCUAUGUCGACGAUGUGAUCGUCCAUUCCAAGGACCUCAACGACCACCACAAGCAUCUCAAGAUGACAUUCGAUCUGCUACGCAAGCACGGUGUCUAUCUGAACGACAAGAAACCACAGUUGUGYAAGACAUCCGUCGUCUAUGGCGGUCACAUACUCUCUGGCGAGGGCAUCAAGAAGUUGCACAGCAACGUCCAGGCUAUCAUGGAGAUGCCCAUCCCGUCCACAGUCAGAGAACUCAGAGCAUUCCUUGGCGCAUGUCAACACUACGCCAAGUUCCUCGAUGGAUGCAAGGAUGCGUUCGCGCGUCUCACGAGUCUAGUCUCCAACAAGUUCACCAGACUCAAGCUGUCCGAGGAGCAUCGGAAAGACUUCCAAACCAUCCGCACUGCGUUGUGCAGCGACACAUGUCUGAUUGUGCCGCGCAAGGAAGUCCCUCUGAGGGUAUACACGGACGCGAGCGACUUUGGUACAGGUUUACUGAUCGCUCAAGAGGACGCCAACGCGAAUCUCAGACCGGUGCUGUUCGACAGCAAGAAGUUCAACCCGGCCCAGAGAGCCUACGACACACGUGAUCGUGAACUACUCGGUUUGAUCAACUGCCUUAAGAAGUAUCAACACUUGCUGAGGGACAAGCCAUUCAUCUGGUACACCGACCACAAGAACCUGUUGUACGAGGCCAACCUGGAGUCGCGUCCGGCCCGUGUCCAACGUUGGUACGAGAUCAUCUCCAACUUCUCUUUCGCCACUCAAUACAUCGAAGGAAAGUCCAACUGCAUGAGCGACUACCUCUCACGCACGCCAAGGUUCUGGAACCCUUGGGACGACGACUUUAUUGUCACCGUCAAACAGUCGUGCGCCGAUCUCAAGAACGUGCCCAAACACGUCAAGAAGUGGUUUGACAAGCUCAAGACCAGAGGUGACGUCGUCUGCCACGACGGCCUCUACUUCUUCGUUGAUGGUGAGAAGGUCAGGAUGGUCAUCAUCGACCCUGAACACAUCGCAAGAGUGCUCAAGGAUACACAUGGUCUCGAACAUAUAGGAAUCAACAGACUCUUCGACAAAGUCUCAUCAUUGUACAUUUGGCAUGGUAUGUCCAAGUCAGUCACCGACUACAUCGCCAAGUGUGUCACUUGUCAGAAGAACACUAUCAAGUCGGUCAAGGACGGAUUCCUCAACUCUCUUCCCAUCCCAGAUCGUCCGUUCUCGCAAUGGUCGAUCGACUUCAUGUCACCUGGCGUGGCCGCUGACGGCCACGACAACUUACUCGUCGUAGUGUGUAGGUACUCCAAGAUGGUCAAGAUCAUCCCCUGCCACUUGACAGUUGAUGCAGAGACUUCUGCCAAGCUGCUCGUCGACAAGGUCGUCUCAGUCUGGGGCGCGCCGACGGACAUUGUCUCUGACCAGGACGCUCGCUUCACCAGCGACGUGUGGACUCACAUCAUGAAGACCAUUGGAGCCGGCUCAAGCAUGACGCAGCCCGGACGCGCAAAUGGAGACGGUCAGACAGAACGCCUUAAUAGAGCUAUCCUCGAGACUAUCAGGAAGAUGGUCGCUGACAAGCGCGAUUGGCCAGCAUGGAUCCCUAUGAUCGAGUCCGCCAUCAACAACAACGUCAACUCGUCGACUGGUUUCACCCCAAGUCAAAUUGUUUUUGGUUUUGAACCACGCAUGCCUUGGAACGCCGGUCAAGUCACUUUCAAAGACUACAAGGUCUGCCAAGACAUGUAUCGCAAGAUGGCCGCUUCCAACAUGUUGGACGCGCAGAUCAGACAAGCCAUCCAGCACGACAAAGGUAGACGUGACGUGAUGCCAUACAAGGUAGGCGACAUUGUGCUUGUUAAGCGCAGCGCCUUCGACAGUUCCAAGCCUGGUGGCGACGCUGCAGACAUCGCCAAACUUCAG